GCGUUUAAGGGAUUUUGGAAAGUUGCUCUGUGUGAAGGAAACCAAGUAAACACAACCAACCGCCCCGGAUUUUGGCUUUACCUUAGUCAUCCAUAAACCUCUCAUCAUAUGCAUAUUCGGAAACCUGAACAGUCUAGCCAAAACCUGCCCGAACCUGUACAAACCAACCUGGAAGGCUCAGAAUGACAGUGGACAUUAAACAUCUCGAUGCUCAUGAGCAGCCGUCGGACGAGCUCAGAAGCAAGUGGAAGGCCUUCUCGAAAACAGAACCAAAAGAUCUACGCAGCGAAGACGUCGAUGAUCUGCAAAAUCCAGAAAGUGCAGCCGAGUUCUGCGUGGCGGGUACCAUUCCCGUUGACACCCUGAAUCGUUCAUUCCGUCACAUCUGCCCCGACGGCGCCCCCGAGUUUCAAGCCACCAAAGAUGCUCCCAUAUACUACCACCCGCUCCUUCCAGGCCUCCUGAUAGUCCCCUCACUCAUCCCCCCCUUGGUCCAAAAAGCCCUCCUCUCACACCUCAUCCACCGCGACCUCAGCGACCCCAUCCACCAAACCAACCUACACCUCCACUACGACCUCCCCUACCCCAAACCCACCUCCUCCACCUCAACCUCCUUCUUCUCCUAUCCCCCAACCACCCCCCCAGCAUUCACCCCCAAAGACCCCACCAUCCACAAACCCCUAUCCAUCAAACAAGUCCUCGAGCGCCGCCUGCACUGGGUGACGCUGGGCGGACAAUACGACUGGACGAAGCGGGUGUAUCCCGAAGAGGGGGAGGGGGCGCCGCAGCCGCCGGCCUUCCCGCCGGAUGUGGCCGGGUUCCUGGAGACGCUGUUCCCCGACACGCGCGCCCAGGCCGCCAUCGUCAACCUGUACACCCCGGGGGACACCAUGAUGAUGCACCGCGAUGUGUCGGAGGAGUCGGAUAAGGGGCUGGUGAGCGUGAGUCUGGGGUGUGAGGGGCUGUUUAUGAUCGCGCCGAAUGGGGAUGGGGGGGUUGGGGAGGUGGAUGGUGGUGGUGGGGAUGGGGGUGCGCGGAAGAAGGAGUUUUUGUUGCUGAGGCUGCGGUCGGGGGAUGCGAUUUACAUGACUAAGGAGUCGAGGUAUGCGUGGCAUGGUGUGCCCAAGGUGUUGAAGGGGACGUGUCCGGAGUACUUGGAGGAGUGGCCGGCGGAGGGUGGUGAGUUCGAGGAAUGGAGGGGGUGGAUGGGGAACAAGCGGAUCAACCUCAACGUGAGGCAGAUGCGGGAUUAGGGUGGGUGGGCAGGUUGAAGGAAACGACACACUGCGGUGGUGGCGGAAGCAUGUAGAAGAGCCCGAAGUGC